GAAAAUUCAAAACUGCAAACAGAUAGGGAUACAUUAAUUAAAAGAGUCGAAGAGUUUGAAUUUUUAAUGGAUGAAUAUUCAGUUGAACGUGGGCAAUUUGUUGAGUUAAUUAAAAGCAAAGAAAAAGAAUUGGAUGAAGAAAAGGAAAAAGUUGAAGAAUUAAAUAUUUCGAAUAAAACUUUGGAAGAAGAAUUUAACAAAAUUAAAACUGAACAUAUUAAUUUAACUACAAAAAAUGCUAAAUUAAAUACUAAGUUUGAAAACGAAGACAAAUUAUAUUGUAAUGAUACUUCAACAUCUCAACAGUUAAGCGAGCCAAUAAAACUCUUUGUUCCUGCCGAUAUUCGAGAAGUAUUCCCAGGACGAUUUUUGGGACCUUGUGGUAGGUCGCAACGAGAGCUGGAACUUGCUUGCCGAUGUAAACUUAAAAUUGAUGGGAAAGGGGUCAGAAAUUCGACAAGUGAAGAAGAAAUGCAUGUUAUUAUAAGUCCCAGCAAACUCAGUGCAUAUCCUGAUGUAUCCAAGGCAAAAUCAGAAGUAAUAAAAUUAUUUAAGCUGGGUCUAAUGGAUCCUGGAAGAGAGGACCAAUUAGCUGAAGUUGCAAGAAUUAAAAAACAAGAAUUAAGAAAAAAACAAUCAGCUGAAUCAGAAAGAAACGAACAAAAAAUUAGAGAGGAAAGAUUAGCUUUUUUAGAAGAUGAUAGAAAAUGUCAAGAGGAAAAAGAUAAAGAACUACUUGAGUCCUUUAAAUGUUCAGUAUGUUUUGAACAAUACGGAAGUACUUACAGAGUUCCAGUGAUAGCCAGCUGCUCGCAUACUACCUGUUCUGCUUGUGUAAAAAGAAUAUUACAAGACAAUCAAUGUUAUGCAGAAAAAAAUUCAUUUAAAUGUCCUCGCUGUCGGGGGCAAACACCUAUUGAAAAUGUCUUUAAUAAAAAUUAUCAAUUAAUAGGUAUUCUUUUUAAGAUUUAA